ACCAAAAGCAACCUCUUGCCCCUUAUAAUCACUCAUUUAAAAGCACUUCCUCCUCCUCCUCUUACUUACAAAUCACUCCAAAGCAAGAAGCUUCUGAUAGUCUUCUUGCUCUCUCACGACAGCCUCCAGAAAUCUGAGCAUGCUGUAUAUGAUGGAGAUUAGGUCCACCUUCACCACAUGUUUCUUUCUCUUCCUCCUCCUCUCUGUCCCUUAUUUCUCCACAGGGGCAUCGCAAGCUUUGGAAUCUGAGAUAUAUGAGAUUGAUUAUAGAGGUCCUGAAACCCACUCGUCCUCUCCUCCUCCGGAUCAUCAUCGAUCUCACGCCAGCCCUCUUUCAACUCAUCGAAAGGGCUUAGGUUCGGCCACAGUUAACAAGGGCUUAAUGAGCAGUGAUACCCAUACCAAACAAGAAAAGGUCAAGAGAAUCCAUGGAUGAACGGGUUUUUACAGGUUUAAUGUAUGUCUGUGCUCUCGUGUAAUGGAGGACAUCAUGUUGGGAAUUUUGGGAUGUUUUAUCAUGUUUUUACAUAAAGAUAUGCAAAAUCUGUAUAGAAGAGAAGUGUGUGGUGAUUAGGGGAACAAAAACUAUGUGGUCUCCAGUUGGAAUAGUCCGAUACAUGUACUUGUAACUAUCAUCAGAUCAUCAUAUGUUCUCUGUGUUUUUUCUGGUAUAAAGAGAUCUAACUUCGUCUA